AUAGAAGAAAAUUCUACCACCGUGCCAGCCGAGGAAAAGCCUGAAGAACCCACUAGUCAUGAACCUGCUAAAGCUCUUCCGAUAUGGGCAGCAAUUCUUACAAUUGAAAACAUGGAAUUCACUCGAGACUUAGCCAAUCCAUCCUCUCAAACAUUCGGAAAACUGUCGGGUACCUUGACGGUAUUACUAAGCAACGUUUUGAAGCAGAUUUCUGGAUUCCUUUCUGUGCACGUUAAGAGUUUCGAGAGGGGAAGCAUCGUAUGCAUGUUCGACAUCCAUGCGAACCUAGAAUCCUCAGCAACAGCCGAAGAUUUUGAAAAGGCCUUAAUCGAUGCAGCAAACAACAGGAAAAUCGGGAACUAUCAUAUAACUAACAUCCAAGUUAAAGACAAUGUAGAAGCUGUAAUGAAAGAGGAGACGCCUCAAGGGCAGCGCUCUUUUCUUCUUAGGGUGAUUGCAGUGAUCAUAUUUGCCGUAGGAGUGGCUGUGCUAAUCGUACUCUUUACUGUUAAGGUAAGGUCCAGAAAGUCAAAAGAUAACGCACACCUUGUCUUUUAAAAUAAACUGAGUAUAUAGUUUCCCUCACGAGGUUAAGCUUUGCAUUUUCAUGAUCGGUUUAUGGAAUUAUGAACCGGAUCGAUCCUGAAAUAACUUGGCAGGGUUAAAUGAAUUAGAUUGGCUGUCAUGCAUAUGCGUAAUAAUCCCACCAACUCUUAGCCUGCGUAGCAAGCGUUUCCAAUCGAGUUAUUGCGCGAAUUUUUUUUGCUCUUGUCCCAGCUUUCUUGACGAACCUCGCGAGGAAACGCUUGCUACGCAGGCUAACCAACUCUUUGCGUGACAUCACAAUAAACAUUCCAUGUCCGUCAAGAGAGAAUGUAGCUCAUUCUCUUUUGAUGUCAGUUUGACUUAUCUGUGUACUCUUCGCUCGCUUAUGAGAAAAACAGGGGAUAAUGGCCAGCACUCAUUCGUGUCCGACUAUGCCAGGAGCCAAUCUAUAGGGCUCUUGACUACUGUACUCUUUUGCAGCGUACGAAAUAUGCUAUGCCCUUGACAUGAGGGGUACGAGUCAGAAUCCUUCAAGCAAACCACAUCACUAUGAGAACCUCCAAUCGUUUUCGUCCUUUAACGGUUUCUGAAAAAUGGGUGAGGCAUAGUUAUACCGAUUGGGAAAUAUUUUAGUUGGCUGGCAACCUAUAUGCGUAGGCGGGGUUUUCAACAACGUGACGAGUUGAAAUUUUUGGAUCAAUCAGGUUAUCUCAGCGGUUUUCUUGCAUUUUGAAAUAUUUAUUCUCCUCUUACAUAGGCUAUCAGAAAAAAGAGACGACAGAGGAGUGAAGGCUUUGUAAAUACCGGGGAGGUUUAUCCACUAAGCGAAUUCAAUACCACAAACACGGAGAUGGGAGAAAGAAAACCAACGUUAAGAAAGAAAGGACUGAUGUCUAGUGAUGGAGAACUAGAUGAGGGCGCAAACGAACUAACACCAUUUUACAAACCUGGCUACGUUCAAGCGUGA